UCAAAGACAACAGAGAAAAAAGUGAAAGAAGCAGAAAUAGCCAAGAAAUUGCGAAAAGAAGCAAUGAAACGAAUGAAGUCAACUUCUCCACUGAAGAGUAAACCUGGAUCAUCUAAUGAAGGCGAGACAGAUACUAGCAAUGCAGGCUCUGGGGUGCCAGAAAAGAAAACCAGACGAAAUGCUAGCCGCAUAGAUCAUUUCCUGAGCGAUUACCUAAGCGCUAAAGUUGAAAAUGAUAAAGAAAAACUGAAACUGGAGAGAGGAAGUUGGGAGGUUGAAAAGAGGGAAAGGGAGCAGCAGAUGGAGAGAGAAAGGAUGAUGUUAGAACUAUUGAAGAAAAAGUUGUAGACUUAUAUAUGAGUGUAUUAUAUUCGUCCAGUUCUAUGUAUGAUACCAUAUCAAGUAUUGCACAUUAUUAUUGUUUAUUGUUUAAUUUUAUACUACUACAAUCGACAUUGAUUGACUAAUGGACAUUGAACAAAAUGUGCAUUUUUAUAUUUUUGUUUCAAUGCGUAUUACAUGUUACACUUUCUGCAUUCGUUCUCAGCAUUCAAACAAUCGAGUAUUGUAAACAUAAUGAUGUUAUAUUUUGUGUUUAAUUUUUAUAGAACUACAA